AUGAGGACAAUAUCGGCUGGGAUUUUCAUUGUCGUCGGCCUGCUUCUGCAGGAUCAGGUGCUCGCCUCCUAUUUUCUGAAUCCAACCUGCGGGAUUUCCUACGAGUCCAAUGUGUCUGUACGGAUAGUUCGCGGAAAAGAAGCCAUAAUAAAAUCAGCUCCAUUUAUGGCCUAUUUGUACUACAACUCCGAACUCUAUUGCGGCGGAACUAUCAUCACCCAAAGAUACGUCUUAACGGCCGCUCACUGUAUGAGAACCUAUCUAAAGGUCCGACUGGGAGAACAUGAUAUUAGAUCGGAUCCCGACUGUCAGAACGGCAAUUGUUCUCCUUCCGUUGAGGAGUUUGACAUUCAGACGGCCACCAAGCAUCGACACUUUAGUAGGACCCUAGCCAACGACAUUGCUCUGCUAAAGCUGAGCAGGAAUAUCAUAUUCAAUGUCCACAUUCAGCCGAUCUGCCUGCUCUUGAAUCCGGCAGCUGCACCUAAUGUAAAUGAGUACCAGGCCUUCGGGUGGGGCCAAACCGCCACCAAUCGAGCAUCCGAUGUGCUCCAGACUACCAAACUAUCCCGCUACGACAACAACUACUGCCGCAUGGUGCUCCCUAUGCCGAUCACCCGGAAUCAGAUUUGUGUGGGGUUCCAGAGUUCGGACACCUGUUCCGGCGACUCCGGUGGACCUCUGGUGGUCAAAGUAAACUACGAUGGUGUAAUCCGCAACCUUCAGCUGGGCAUCGUAAGCUUUGGCGAAGAUAAGUGUCGCAGUCCGGGGGUCUAUACAUUUGUUCCGAACUACAUUGAUUGGAUACGACAGGUUAUUCUGACAAAUGGAUCUUGA